ACAGCCUGCCGCGAGUGCUCUCCAGGCUGGUGCUUUCCGCUGUGGCACGCACUUGACAUGUCCGUUCCCAGGUUCGGCAGGCCAGUCACGCUCGGUCUCCGGCAACAUGGACCAAAGGGAGAUUCUGCUGCAAAACCUGGAAAGGGCCGAAGGCAAGAAGCUCAACCGAGAAGAGUUUGUAGACGAGUUUUUGAAGCUGAAAAGGCAGUCAACAAAGUAUAGAUCGGAUAAAAUCUACCCUACAGCAGCAUCUGAGCAACAAGAGAACAUCAAGAAGAACAGAUACAAGGACAUCUUACCCUUUGACCACAGCAGAGUGGAGUUGUCCCUGAUUACAUCAGAUGCAGAUUCUCAUUACAUCAACGCCAACUUCAUCAAGGGUGUCUAUGGGCCAAGAGCAUACAUUGCAACGCAGGGUCCUCUCCCCACUACUGUCACUGACUUUUGGAGGAUGAUUUGGGAGUAUGAAGUCCUGAUUGUGGUCAUGGCUUGUAUGGAGUUUGAAAUGGGAAAGAAGAAAUGCGAGCGGUACUGGGCAGAGGCAGGCAGCUCUCCCCUGCAGUGUGGUCCUUUCUCCGUCGCCUGCGACACUGAAGAGAAGAAAAAUGAGUAUGUGAUUAGGACUUUAAAGGUGACCCUGAAUGAGGAAAUCCGCACUGUCCACCAGUUCCACUAUAAAAACUGGCCAGACCACGAUGUCCCCUCGUCCAUCGACCCCAUCCUGGAACUCAUCGGUGAGAUUCGCUGCUACCAGCCGGACGACAGUGUCCCCAUCUGCAUCCACUGCAGUGCCGGCUGCGGGAGAACAGGAGUCAUCUGUGCAAUCGACUACACCCAGAAGCUGCUGAAGGACGGAAUUUUUCCAGUGAACUUCAGUAUUUUUAGUCUGAUCCAGGAAAUGCGCACGCAAAGGCCUUCCAUAGUGCAGACCAAGGAGCAGUAUGAGCUGGUUUAUGAUGCGGUGAUUGAGCUCUUCAAAAGGCAAAUUAAAGCACUUGAUGCCCAGGAAGAUUCUGCUGCUUCACAGGUACAAAGAAGGCAUCCUGUAGCCAAGCCGCUUCUGACUCCAGUGGAAGACAUUUAUUCUCUGAGAUUACUAACCUGCUCGGAGCAAGAGGAACAGGAUGUGCAUCAACGUCUUCCUCCGGUGGUACAAAGCAAAGCUUCCCUGAUAUCGUUGUCUGCCACGGGAGUACACGACAGCUCGGAAUGUGGAGUCCCUCCCAUCAGACAGGCCAUCUCCUUUGGCACUUUGAACUUCAUCAACUGCAGAAAGGCAGCUGCCGCUGAGAAGCAGGGUGCUGGGGACGCUCUUCAGAAACACCGCAGUUUGGAGUUCAACAGCAUCUCUCCUGAGCAGCUGCUUCUGAGCCUGGAACCGAAGGGAGCAGGCAGGAGAGGGCCUCAUGGCAGAGCACCUCUGACACGGACUGCAUCGACCCCUUUUGUGCUGGCACAGUGGGGAGAAGGCUGGGAAUGGGAUGGAGGGGAUGCAAAGCCCGUUUUGAGUUCACAGUUGCCACAUGCCUGUUACUCAAGCUUUCAGGUGAAGAAGCAGGAUGGAUUUUCCCCUGUUGAGCUGAAGCACUUGAGCCGAGAAGCAGACGGCCCCCCAAGCCGCAGGAACCAUGGGCAACGUCCUUACUCUUACCUCUGCUCAGCAGAAGACCCCUACUUCUCUUCACUCUCUCCAGACGACCCCGUGUCCCCCGUGUUUGCUGAGUGCUUUGUGGAGGGGCAGGAUGCACGGCUCCCUUCUUGCGCUGCGAGUGCCCCACUGCAGCCUGCCGUGGCCAGCUCCCCACCACCCAGGCCUGUGUCCCACCACGCUCCCCCGCUGAACGACGAGAGGAUAUCCUCCCCGACCACCCUGCCACAGCCAGAUGAUGACGAUCCUCCGCCCCUGCCCGAGCGAACCCCUGAGUCCUUUAUUGUGGCCAGUGAAUCUGGACAAUUUCCUCUGGUCACUUCUGAUUUUCAGCUUCCAGCCAGAAACGCAAAUAUCGGAACCUCUUUGGAGUGGAGUGGUGAGUCUCACUCAGAGAUGUUUAAUGACUCAGCAAGACUGAGACCAUGUAAGAGUGUGAAGCUGCAGAGGCCACAAACAGAGACAACCCGGGAUCGCUCUAACUCUCCUCCCCCGCUUCCUGAAAGAACCCCAGAGUCAUUUGUUCUUGCUGACGGAGCAAGUCUGCAGCCUGCUGCAAGACAUUCUACAAUGAGUCCUCCAGGCUUGGAGAACAAUGCUUCCAAAACAUCGUCAAAAGAGCCUAUGAAAUGCUUCAGGAGAAGCAAGAGCUUGAAAAUACUGAAAAAUGUGAGAAAGAGCAUCUGUAGUCCAUCUUCACUGACAAAACCAUCAGAAUCUGCCCCGUUAAACCAUUCGACGUCUUUCCUUCACUUUGGCUUUGCAAAUCGAUUUUCAAAACCUAAAGGACCAAGAAAUCCACCACCAGCAUGGAAUAUUUAGAUACGUUUUAUAGAUUUGGCGUUACAGAUUUGUGAAGUCCUCUUGAUACACCUUGAGUGCUCACCCCAGCAAGGUUUCCAUCAAAAUAAAUACAUCAAAAGCUGUUGCAUGAUAUUUGCAGCUCAGGCACUACUUGCACAUUCUUCACCAACUAAAGUUUUAAAGUAAAGUACCAGCAACUAAGCACUUUCAGUUAAUUUACAACAGGAUGGAAACUAAAAAUGGGAAUAGAUAUUUUAUCCUAAGGAGGGAUAUAUUUUUGUUGUGUUUUGGAACACAUUCACUUCAAAAGGAUGGAUUUGAGCUUUCUGAAACAAAGCAGUGCAAACUGGUGAUAGGAUCUAGCAAAAACUAUUGAAUGAUAUGGAGGGCCAACAGUGCAGACCAAAGCAGAACAAGACUCUGGAUCGUGCAGACCCAGCAUCUGUGUAACUUCACUUGCAGGUGUAGGUCUACCACAAUCAAAGACGUGCACAUCCUUAAAUGUUUACAUUACUUGGACUAAAAGAGAAUUAGCUACUCAGACUUUAGAAAUAAUUUUCCUUUAAAUUUUUUUCAUCUAAGCAAAUCAGAUAAUUUGUCUAGGUUUUUGGUCAAUGAGACUAAGAUGGUGAUUGCUCAUAUAGAAACUAAACUAGUGUAACAGACUGCAGAAUUAGCUGACCCAACUGCCUUCGCUACCUGGAAAAAAAACCCACAAACAAAAAACACCACCACAGCAAGCAAAAUAUCAUUGUAUGUUUAAAGCAAUGCUGUUUUUAAGGAUUUGUGACUCUCCAGCACAAAAUUUCAGAUGGGUAUCUCAGAAGAUGAGGUUUCUAGACAGAUUCCUCUGCUAUUUAUAUCCUCAGUGGGGUGGGACAAAGAUGUUGAGAACUGCUUGUAUACGACUUUUCCUGUAGAGAGAGAAAAACAAAGUGGGAUUUGGGGGAUUUGGUCAAGAGAGGAAUCUACUGACAACGACCCGAAGAGAGAACUCAAGCUGGUUUAAAGCUGCUUUUGCUGGAGCAGUGGCUAAUACGGCCCGGAAGGAGCCUGCCUUACUUGUCGCCGAAGCCACCUGCUUCCUCAGCCGCAGGAGCCAACAGACGACCCUACCCAACCGACACUCCCGUUGCAAGUCGCUUCUGCGUUGCACCGAACCCACCAACACCGGCCGGCGAAGCGGGCCGGCCGGAGGCCGGAGGCCGGCCUCGACGCCUUCACGCGGCCGGCCGCCAGGUCGUGCUGCCCGAACCGCCCCCAGCGCUGCCAGGCCGGCCGACGGCCGCCUCCGUCCCCGGUUCGACGGCGCCGUUGCUCGGGCAGUCGUACCAGAGCCCAGCGGUCGCGUGUUUAGCCGAGGAAGCGUUUUAUGACGUGUGGGAAAUGCCGUAAAAAUAAAAGUUUCAUUUAUCGGCCUGCACGCCCGGCUGUACUGACGGGUCCGCGCGCGGG